AUGACGCUCACAUUUAACGAGGUACUGCUCCAGUUUGCGGCCGCGGCACAAAAAGCUGAGAACAGCCAAGCUAAACAUGAGGAGGAUGACGGAAACGGAUCAGACGCCUCUUCUUAUCCCCCAGAAUUGAAUGGUCAUGACGUUUCCGGCGGUGCCGUCAGCGACGAUGAUAUGAAGCCCGAACUCGGGAAGAUGAAGCCGAGGCGUCGAUAUAAGGGAAAGAAGAGAUCGAGCACCGGACGCUCCUGGGUGAAACUGGAGGAUGAACAUGCGCCGAGGCGACCCCGAUCCGCUUAUGUAUUGUUUCUCAGUACCAAUCGCAGCAAAUACGGAUCUGCUAAAGAGGGGCCCGUCAACCAGUCGAAUAUUAAUGUCGCCUUGGCGAGUGAAUGGCAGAAACUUGUAGAGGCUGAUCGGCAGGUAUACAUCGAUCGGGCCAACGAAGAACGUGCGCAAUACGAUCGCGAAAUGUCGACCUACAAGGACACGCCAGAAUACCACGAAUUUUCAUUGAAAAAGGCGGUGAUCAUGAAGCAGCGCAAACUCUACCGCCAAGGUGGUCUACCAAUGGAACAGUUACAAAAGAGUGAGGAGGCUAUUAUGAGAAUGGGCAUCCCCGAGCUGGAGCAGCUGCAGUCGGCCCUCAAGGUUUCCGGAAGAAAUGUCAAGAAUUCUAAUACUGCCACCCUGGAUAUGUCCACGACGCCGAUGGUCAACGAGAUACCGAUAUUUUCGGAAGCCUUUUUGAACUACAACAGGAAUCGUGAAGCCGAACUGCGCGCCAUUCGACGCACCAACCGUGUCGCCGAAGAUGAAAAUCGUGAACUGCAAGAGGCCAUCGCUCGGCUCCGUCCUCAUUCGGAAAUUGCAGAACAAGCUGCCGCGGUGAAACAGCACUUUGACAACAUGGUGAGCGCUGCGGGCGCCGCUCUGGCUGCAGCCGCAUUUGCCCGGCCCGCCUCGCAAAACAAUAUCAUCAACAUAAUCAACCAGGCAGCCAGAGCCCCCUCCACCGAUCCACUGGUCGUGCUCGUCAAGGAAGCCCUGAGCAACGUCGACUGGGCCAACAUCGCA